AUGGAUAUAGGACUAAAAACACGGGUUCUGUUUACACAGGCAUUACACAAGGCGCAGACUAUUGUAUGGAAUGGACCAAUGGGGGUAUUUGAAUUCGAUGCAUUUUCUGCAGGAACAGAGGAGCUUGCAAGAGGUAUAGCACAUUCUUCUGCUCUCACCGUAGUGGGAGGAGGGGAUUCUUUAGCAGCGGCCAAUACAUUUAAGCUAAGUAAGUACUUUUCUCAUGUUUCCACUGGGGGCGGUGCCUCUCUUGAGUUCCUUGAAGGUAAGGAACUGCCAGGUCUUAAAGCCCUUGUCACAACAUAA